AGAGAGAGAGAGAGAGAGAGAGAGAGCAGGGAGGAGGGGAAGCGGAGCCUGACGCAGUGAGAAGCAGCGGUGAGGCGGCAGAACAUCACAUCAGACGCCGUUUUGCAUCCCCCACCUCCCUCCCCCCUUUCCUAAAAAUCAUAAAUAAAUAAAAAGAAUGCUGACGCGGGGGGGUCACAUCAAGAGCCACGCCAUGGCCACAGCUCUUCUCUGAGAGGAGACAGGAGCUGGGGACAAACCAGAGGCGGACAGAGAGAGGACGAGAGAGAGAAAAUUGACUCCCAUCGCAAAAACAGAACCUGCCGGAGGCACCGUGCGUUCAGGASCCGCGUCUUCCUGAGCAUCUGGAGCAGUGAGACCGAAGGCUCAGCUGGUUCAGAGAAGACCUCCAUCUGCAAAGGGACACGUUCUCACGUUAGGUACGGAGCAACAAGCAGCGAGGAAGAAUGAGAAGAGCUGCUUGUCAAAUCAAGGAAACGGAUGGCCACAGAAGACACGAUCACCAAUCUGGCGCCAGGACAAAUUCAAAUUGCCAAUUUAUACAUGAAAUAUACAAUGUGACCCAAAAUUAAUCUAUUAAUGUUGUUAAGGUUGAGACACAUACUGCCAGUCAAGUGCCAUAUCCCAAUCCUGCUACCACUCCUCCUUCGGUUUUCUCCGAUUUCUUCAUUUUAACACAGCUGAGAAAGUGAAACUCACUCAUGUUGUAUGUAAAAACAGUCAGAGCAACUGUUCCUUAAAACGUUACGAGGUAAAACAAGUUCUUGUUCCAUUUCCAAUGGCUCAAGCAGCGAGCACCGAUGAAGACUGAAUAAGYGAAAAUCUUUGGCUGGCUCUCUCCAAUGGAUAUUGCAGCAACAUCCCAAAUGGCUCAGAGUACAGGGCGGCUGAGGCGUAAGACGGCUGGAGGUUCUUCAUCAGGGAUCUUAUCCACGGCCAGCUCCUUCCUGUGUUGGCUCGUCCUGCUGUCAGUGCUGCGUUUGCCAAUGGUAACAGCUGACUGUUGGCUUAUCGAAGGGGAGAAAGGCUUUGUGUGGCUGGCUAUCUGCAGCAUGAACCAGCCCCCCUUUGAGGCCAUCCCCACCCAUAUGAACAGCACUAUAAUUGAUCUACGGCUGAACGAGAACAAGAUACGGUCCGUCCAUUACUCAUCGCUGAGUCGCUUCGGAAACCUCACCUAUCUGAACCUUACCAAGAACGAUAUCAGCUACGUGGAAGAUGGAGCGUUCUCGGCACAGUUCAACCUGCAGGUUCUCCAGAUGGGCUUUAACAAAUUGAGGAACCUGACAGAGGGGAUGCUGCGAGGCCUGGGCAAGCUGCAGUAUCUCUACCUGCAAGCCAACCUCAUUGAGACUGUUUCACCCAACGCCUUCUGGGAGUGUCCCAACCUAGAGAACAUAGACCUGUCCAUGAACAGGAUCCAGGUUCUGGAUGGGAAUUUGUUCUCUGGGCUCUCCAAGUUGACCACCUGUGAACUUUACACCAACCCUUUCAGCUGUUCUUGUGAGCUCCUGGGUUUCCUGCGCUGGCUUUCAGCUUUCCCCAACAGGACCAGUGAGAGGAUGGUGUGUGACACCCCUAAAGGUUUAUCUGGAUACAACUUAAUGAGCCAGAAUCCACUCAUGUCCACACCGCGCAACGCUCUGUAUGCACUCAACACUGCAUGUGUAGACGACGGCAGUAGCGUGACACCUUUUUACGUGAUCGACCCUACCCCCCAAAUGCCAGACUUUGUCUCUCCCUGUGGAUUGGAUGACUGUGCUUCUGGGACCCCUCCUGAUGAGAUCAUAAGCUCAAGCUCCAUUUUCCCCGAUGCCAAGCCAGUCAUGACCGUAAAACAGAUUUCACCUUCACUCUAUGUGUUAACCGUUCAGAUUCCUUACCCAUACAAAAAAAUGUACAUCCUAAUGCUUUAUAACAACAGCUUCUUUACAGACAUUCAAAAUCUCAAGAAGGAAAAAGAAGACAUUGAACUGAAGAACCUAAAACCAAACACUAACUACACAUUCUGUGUGGCUUCCAUACGAAACUCCCUGCGCUUCAACCACACCUGCCUCACCAUCCCGACUCGCGGCAAAGCGGGGGUAGAGAAGGCGCCCAAUCAGUCGUCCGCCACCCACUACAUCAUGACUAUUUUAGGAUGUCUGUUUGGCAUGCUGCUCUUCCUUGGCCUUGUCGUUCACUGCCUGAGGAAAAAGAGGAUCAUGGAAGAGAAGGAGAGAAAGAUGAACAGGAUCCAGAGGACUCUGAUAGAGCUCAAAUAUGGUGGAGAGGGAGAUAUAGAAGGAGGAAGUGGGGGAUCUGUUUCACAAAAGCUUGCURCAGGGGACAGCCUGCCCAGAAUGCCCUACCUGCCCCAGGGCGGUGAGAUAGAUCCAUACAAGCUGCAGGAAGUGAUAGAAACACCAGGGCACAAGUCUGCCAAACUUAACUACAUGGAGGUUAGAGGCUCUGGCAUUGAAAAGGAAAGAGAACGGGAGAGAGAGAGGGAGAUGUCACCACAAGCCAACCCACAGGGCUCAGUGGCAGAGAUCUCCACCAUCGCUAAAGAAGUUGAUAAAGUUAACCAGAUAAUUAACAACUGUAUAGACGCUCUCAAGUCUGAGUCCACGUCCUUUCAACAAGGAAUCAAAUCUCCCUCUGCGGGUGGAGGAGCUGUUUCAAAUGAAGAGCCACAGCUUGUACUUCUAUCUGAGCAAGGAGAAAGAGGAGGCGAGUUCCUUUCCCCGGUGUAUAAAGGAGGACGAGGAGGGAGAGAAGAAAGGGGGAGGAAUUACCAUCACACGCUGCAACGACACCAUAGUAUGGAAGCGCCUCCAACUUCCAAAAGGCCAAGCACCUCCUCUUCUCCUGGCUCUGCCCGGAGCCCUCGCUCCUUCCGUUCAGAGGGAGGGUACCACUCCUCGGAGUCCCGGUACAUCGAGAGAACCUCACCUGGGGAAAGAGGAGGUGGUGGUGAAAGAGAGGCCAUUCGUACUGCUAACCCUGCUGCAGCCAUCUUACGAGCUGAAGCCCAGCGAAUACGCCAGUACAACGAACACCGCCACUCUUAUCCCGGCUCCCAGCAGCACCUCCAGGAGCUGCAGCACCACCCGCAGAUCCUGCAGGAGCUCCAUCACCACCCAGGGGCCCGGAAACCCUCUGUGUUGGAUCCCCUCACUCUCAGCAGACAGGCUAAGCAGCGCGAGCUAGCCUACUCCCAACUUUCACCACAUUACCCGCUCUCGCCCCAGUACCACAACCUCAGCUACUGCUCCAGUCCUGAGGAAGACGAGGAGGAGGAGGGGCUCCUCUGCACCCCUACCCUCGGACUCUGGGAGAGGUUCAAACUGCACCGUAAGAGGCACCGGCAGGCCUCCUUGGAGGAUGAAGGGUAUGUGGCGGCUGGACACGCAUUGAGACGAAAAGUUCAGUUUGCCAAGGAUGAAGAUCUUCAUGACAUACUUGACUACUGGAAGGGUGUGUCUGCCCAGCAGAAAGCUUAAAUACAUAUUUGAAGACCCCAAAUACCUUGAACAUGGAACAGCAACACUAGAUUCAUUACAUACUGACACAGCUACAAAGACAUUUUUAUUAAAGACCUGUAAAUAUGCACAAUCGCACACAAGACCCACUGGACCACAUUGCACAUACAUGUUUACACACAAACACACACUUUACACAAACUAAGCCUUUUUCCUCCCAGAAUAUGGAUGAGGACCAAACAAUUAUAUUACACAGAGUUAAAAAAAAUACAUAAUUGAGACUGAGUUACUUUUUUGUAAUGUAAUGGAAAUUAUAGCUCAGACUUAUGUAGCUAUUUGUAAGUUUUGAUUGAAUAGAAAUAGAAUCAAUAUAAAGAAUAGAAACCUUAAAUGUUGUUGGAAAACCCAUCCUGAAAGCAGAUACGUCAUCAAACAUGGCUGCUGUAGGUGAACCUUCCCAAACACAGCAAUCCUCAAAACAGGGACUGAUCAAGAAUUGCUUUGCUGGGGAGGUUUUUCCUCGUUCCACCAUCCGUGGUGCAGGCAGAUGAGCAGACAUUUGAAAAAACAUUUCUGCUAUGUCUGAGACUAAAAACAUCAAAACAACUCAUUCUGGAUGGGUCGCCAGACAACAGUAAUAUCUAACUGUGCUGAGAUUACGUAGGUAGCUCUUACCGGAGAGUGAAUAUAAUGUGCCAAAUCAACCGAGGGGGUAGUAGAGCCCUACUGUGUACUAACUAAUUCUCACCAMUGUUUUUAAAUACAGAAUUUAAAAAGUAUAUUAUGUUAAUAUAAUUCAUUAUUAUUAUUCUCAUUACUGGUCUUCUUCUUAUUCCUAUGAUCAUUAUAGUUUUAUUACUUGACUAUGGCAUGGCUAUAUUGUGUGACCGUGUUUUUCCCCCCACUGUUUUUGAACCUCUUGACUGAGAAGUGCACAAAAUGACAAGACAAACAUUAUUACAACAGACAUUUGAGUCCUUUUCAACAAGAGGAAUGUGCUCUCUCUUUUUUCUGAGCCAAAAACAAGUCGGCCUUUUCUCUUGGUAAACCUCUAACACAUGUUUCUCAUCCUCCUAAAGGGUAACGCUGUACAGAUGACAGAAAAGUUCUAUAUUUGCCACAGAGGUGACUGUUUUGUUUGUACUACAUGGUUUUUGAAAUCUUUCAGACUUUUCAGAAAUCGGAGUCCCAUGUUAAGUGUCUACCUGCUUGCUUACACUGGUACGUUUUUGAUUUUGAAAUUGAACAAAAAAAAGUUCUUAUCUUGAUGAAUGUCCAAUUCCCAAAAGGGAAGCAUACCUGCACUGUUCAAAAUCAUAAAACGACCUUUAGGGAACGAGCUAAAACUCUCAGCUUCCUUUUUGAUAAAACUGUAGGUUCCACUGUGUUUUAUGAACAUUUCAUUUUCUUCCCAAGAUUUUAGCUAUUCUUUAUUUUAUUUAUUUUUUUGGUGGGGGGGGGGGACUCCUCUGGUUCCACUGUGGUGCCAUAGUGCCAACUUGAUAAAUCACAAGUGUUUAACCUCUUCUGCUUCACAUCAGUACAUGUCAGUUUGCCAAACCGAACUACAAUUUGCACAAAAAAUAAAAAAAUCCACCAUCAUUGGCUCACUGAUCCCCUUCUAUCCUCAAAUCAUUUUCUGAGACCAAAGUACUGUGGUAGUAAAUUGACUCCUAACCCACACACACAUCACCAUAACCAGGACCAUGCUAUGGAUGUUUUUCAGCUUGCGUCAGAAAAUCAUGGGCUUUUUGUUUAAUAGUAGGAUGGCAAACUUUGCUUCCUUGUGUGAUGUAUUUUGAAGGUCAAAAUAUCCCAUUAUAAUCAAAGAAAAUGGUUUAUCACAUGCUUAGAAAAAUGUGUCAGGAGAACAAACCAAACUUGCCUUUUCAUCAUUGCCCAAAGAAUGACCUAGAACAGAGGACUAAAUGAAUUGCAGCUAGGCCUGUCCUGAUGUGCAAUAAAUCAAUCACAUGCUAAACUACAAUGAGGUAGAUAAAUUUAAAAAGAGGAUGAAAAGUUUAAUUUGCCCGCUUGUUUGUUUCUUUGCGUCUCCCCCUUUUCUAUAGCAUAAAGAGGAGUGGACUCUGGUGUCAGGUAGUUGCCAGGUGCAUGAUCUCAUAACCUCUGCAACACGAGGGCCCCAUGAACAGGUGUUUAGCUAGAGGGUAGUUUUCCAACACUUCAAGGCUUGGUCAAGGAACUGUGAUGAACUUUGGGUUAGCCAAGAGUAUUUUUUUACAGGACAUAAAUUUUGGAAACUUCUUAAAUAGCACGCGGGCGACUGCAAUUAUUUUACGAAGCGAGAGGAAGACGCAAAAAGAAUGAAUUGUGCUGGCUUGGAUAGAGGAGGUGGGUAGCAAUGUUACAGCUUCACCAGCUGUUGUGUGUUGUUUCCACAAACUUCGCUCAUGUUCCGUCCAUAAAUUUACAUAAAUUUUGUACAGGACAGUAAAUUUUGUAAGCAGCAUGAGGGAGACCACAGUUUGUUCAUGACGCCAGAGGAAGAAUAGAGGAGGUGGGAAGUGAUUUUACAGCUAAAGCAGCUGUUGUGUGUUGUUCUUCCGAUCUCUGGUCAGUCCCAAAGAGUUUUAUUUUAUUUUUUUACAUAGGCCUACACAAUUUCAUAAACUUCCAUAAGCUUCAUUAGUGGGGGUGGGGAUGGCUUCAUUUUAUUAGUUUAUAAAGGUCUCAGAACAAUAUUAUUGUUUAUCGCAAUCGUUUCUGAGACAUUUUAAUGUUCAGCAAAAUUUGUUUUGCAGCUUGAAGCUAUAUAUCAUAUAGAGACACAUCUUUGGGAAAACUUUGUAAAGAGGUGAAAAAGUAACAUACUAUAUCUUCAUGUAGAGAAUUUUUUUUAUUUUUUUUAUUUUUUUUUUGGAGGGAAAAUCCUGUGUACCAUCAAAACCAAGAGUGUAGACUUUGUUAAAACUUAGCCUGCAUGACCGCUGCACCUGUUACAUUAAUAAACUCUCAUAUUUCAAAGGAGAUGAGUUACAAAGUUAUGAAGACUUCAAAGCAUGCAGGCAGCUGACUCAAGGAUAGUUACCCUACUGUACACCCAGCUGUCCAGAAGGUACUGAAGUUUCCCCAACACAGGCAAGAUGACUUGAGUGUGUGCUUAAUUACACUAGACUCAAUUAGGGGCUUGUAAGGAGAUUUAAUGUGAAAGUAUUAUUGUAAUGUGUCGCUAUAAUGCAAAGUGUUAUUUAAUCUACCCUACUUGUGUUGAAGAUAGAAAGGCUAUGUAGAGGCAACGCCAUCUUUGGGUUCUAUAUGAGGAUUAACCUCUUGCAUACCCAUCGAGUGCUGAGAGUUGUAAACAGACUUGUGCUUUCGCAGGGGUUUGAGUCAAGUGGCCACUGUUAAAACUAGAGAGAGAGAGAGAUUUGCCAAGAACAGAUUGGAGGAAAUUAAACAAAAGACAGCAAACCCUUGAAACCAUGCAGCUGCCAAAAUCCAUUACAAUCCCUGUUAUGGAUUGUUCUUUGUGAAAUGAUGAAAUGACAUUCUUAAUUUUUCAUCUAGGAAGUUUUUAUUCUGUUGUUCAGUAAAAAAAUAACCAUUUUGCUGAUUUUAGUGGGAAAUUAAAUAUUUUUAGAAUAAAAUACAAAUGUUUACCUCUCAUGAGCAGGUAAACAGAGGUUACAUGAUUGUCUAAUGUAUGCCGGAGGGGCUGCAUGGACCCACCAUCACACAGUCACUACAUUAGCACACACCCACUCAUGCAAUCAUGUUCAUACAAAGAGAUGAAUGUAUUCUUUGAUAAGUUAUCUCUGUUUUGCAGCUGGUUUCUGAUGUACGAGCAGAGAGGUCUUUGUUUUCGACUUGUUUUCUCUUUAGAGAACAGCAUUCAGAUUGCUAAAAGUGCUUCAGAACCGGAGAUAAAUAAAAUAAUAAUUGGCUUUUCUACUAAAUUAAUUGACCAAAUUAAAAUCAACAAAAAAAAACAGCUUGUGACAAAAGACCAAGCAGUCACUGCAGCUGUUUUUGUUGAAGUAUUGAUGAAAUUUUAUGUGAAAAGUGUAAUUAGUAUCACGUGUUUGGUGAGAAGAUGCUGUGUGUAAUAUAUAAAAAAUAUCUGCAGGAUUUAGGCACUGGGAGAAAAAUAGACAUGGCCAUGUGUUAUACUGUUGAAUAAUCUACAGAAACUUUGCUUCCUCAUAAAUAAGAAGACUGUAAACCAGGGAUGGAGUCAAGAAAAAUUAAAUUAAGCAGAUUUUGCAGCUAACAAAUCCUGUAGUAUUCAGAUUAUUGACUAUGAUUUGAAUGUUUGAAUAAACAUUCAGAGCAAAUUGCUCUCACUUUGCUUUUUGGUAUGUAACAGAAUUGACUCCAACCUUGAACACAACAGAACAACAGAGCAGGCAAACAAUAAAAUGUUCAUUGCUGUGCUGAAACACUGUAAAAUAAUAUAGUUAUCUGUUUAAAUAAGUCCAGAAUGCUCAAGUCAUUAAAUCCUGGUUAAAGCCAUAAUCAUGGGUUAGUAAAAUCCCCAUUGUUUGUAGCACUGCAGAGCACAUUUGUUGUGUAGAUAAAAAAGGUUGUUUUAUUAUUAUUAUUAUUUCUCUUUAGUCUGCAGCAGCUAUGACGGUUUCUCUAACGAUCCAACCAUUCAGUAAGAAAACCUUUGAGCUGUGCUUGGUUGUGCAUUAAACGCCCCAGAUUGUGGCUUUAACUAAACAACGGCCUUAAAACAUUUGRUUUCUUUCAUCUUUUUAACUUUAGCGUUGAUUUUAAAGCUAAAACAGAAACAAGAAAACUACUUUCCUGACGGCAAUUUUAUAGUUGCUUGAUUCUUAAGCCUCACUUGAGCAUUCUCUGAGUAAAGGUUAUAUAAAUGUAGCGAUGUAUUAAAUUAUGACUUUUGCUUUUUUUUUUCCUUUUUUUUUAAAUUCUGUUCAUGAACAGAAUCAGCCUGAAUUUGUCUUGUGUCAGAGAGUAGCAUCCAGAACAAUCCACCAACAAGAAGGUGGGUGAAGUAACCAGUCUACAGUGACCACAAUCAGCAGUGCUAUUCUUUGAGCCUUGAUGAAGAAAAGCUGUCUUUGAAACAGCAGUGCUCAGAAAGUGGAAACAAACUGAGGGACUAUUGACGAGACGGCCGUGACAAUGGAGCAUGCUGCAAGGAACACCUCAGUGGAAGCUUGUGUUAUAUUUCUUCUAUCAAAUGACUCAGGAGCGAGAAAAGAAGAGGGAGCUCAAAGAGAGGAAAAAAAUGCUCUGCCAUUGGAUCUCUCAGAGGCUUUCUUUUAUUUCUUGUUGAAAACUUAAAAUGAGCACAAUAAAAUAGCCUUCCUUAA